AUGAAGCGAAGCCUAUCUGUAUCGGCCAUAGAGCGCGCGCGGAGGCUGUCGGACGCCGUCAGAGGAGCGAUCGCGCCUGUGCUAGCGUACAGGCCCAGGCCCCAGCGCACCCAAGACGACUCCUCGCUCGACUACUACGGGAGCAAUCACAAGCGCGUAAAGUCUUCAGAAUCUGGGCUCCAUCGGACGCUCUCCCUGCGGCACCGCAACAUCUCCAAGGACGACAUCCGGCCCUUCCCGGGGAUCAACGCGUCCAGCUCCACCCUCAACCUCUGGGUCGGGGGCGCGACGAUCGCCACCGAGCCCGAGAGCCCCCAGCUCCAGUCCCGCUGGAGCGCGGACACCGACGUCCUCGAGAUGCGGACCAGCCGCGGGAGGAAGACGGAGAGGGGCGCGAAGACCGCGAAGCCGACGCGGCCUGUCAAGCCCGACCGCCCGGAGGGGCACGAUCCGCUCGCGAGCAUGCUCCGUCAUGGGAUUACUGGGCUCGCUCCGUCCCCCGCCCUUCUGGUCUCUGAGGACAGGAGGCAGCGCGAGGCGAUGAGGCGCAGCAAGGAGUCCGCCCGCCCGGCCGCAGCCGCACCCAGUCCUGGUCCCUCGCGCCACCAGCCAACCGUUCGCCGGGGGGUCCGCGACGACGACUCGGAGGUGGGGCCACCCGUCCCGCCGAAGGAUUACGUGAUGCAGAAGGUGUUCUCCCCCUUUGCUAUUGCGCCUCCUACUGGCCACACCAUUCAUCAGUCGCCGCGAAGGAACAACAACGGGCACCACCGUCCGGGCCUCACUCGAGACAUGUCUGUCAAGUCCGCGCCUGACGGUACCUCGGGGGUCACUAGGGUCGUUCCGACCCCUCGACGCCAGGCAACGUUGGACGAGCGCGUACGACACGACCGUGGAGGCUUUGGCAUCGACGUUUCCGCGACCACCGGCUCCAUCCAAAAGCAACCGCAGCCGACCCAAUCCCUCCGCCGUACCCCCUCCUCGGCCGACGUGACGCUCCGCGCCGCCACCCGCGCUCACCGGCAGGCUGAGCCUCGUCGUCGGGAAGAUGAGCGCAACGGGCAGCACGGGCGCCCGGACGAGAACGCAUCCCGGCGCGGACGCGGCCUCUCCGCUGGGUGGUGUGCGGCAGCGUUCCAUCCCCCGUCCGUUGCCGGCGCCGACGGGCCCCCUCCCCCGCGUCCCGGCGAGCCUCUGCCCGAUCUGCUCUGGAAGAGGCGGCCGAGCGCGAUGGACGUCCCGCGCGACGUCCGGCCUGACGACGGCGACUCCAUCUUCCACUCGCGCGGCUCCGCCGUCCCCGACCGCAGCACGCGUCCGACCGGGCGUCCGACAGAGAGGGCGCGCACCGGAGAGGCCAGGGGCAUGCUGAUCCCCACGGCACCCGUUGCAGGCUCGGGGAUGAUCGCCAAGGUGCAGGGCUCGCUGCGCGUGCGGGACUCCCCCGCCUCGCGGCCUGUGCAGAUGGCCGCCACCCCUCCCGCUCAGGACCGCCCGCUCUCGUACGAGGGCGAGGUCGUCAUCGCGCCGUUCAUGUUCGACGACGACCCGCCUGAGCCGACCAAGGUGUAUGAGAGUCGGAGCGAGUACGAGCGGCGGCUCGCGGAGGAGAGGUAUGUCGAGAGGCUGUCUCGCACCAAUCCGUGGAAGAGCGAGGAGUACGCGUAUCAGCAGCAGCAGGUCGCACAGGCGGUUGCCGAGCCGGAGUCGGUGCGGCCGCUCUGUAUACGCAAACAUUCCAGCCAGACGAAGGAAAACAAGUACAAUUCCCGGAUCUGA